GGCCAUUGGCGCUCAGUCUGUUUACUAUCAGUAGGAAACUUGGAAGAUCUCGAUAGCCGAGUAACACUUAUCCAAAAGAGAAAAGCGGUUUUUGUAUUCCCCGUAUGACAUUUUGACUUUAUUUCAAGAAUAGCACAAACAUUUCAAACAUAUCCCCAAGUCUAUCCAAAAGGCGUGCCCUUUACUCUUUUUAGAUGGUUCAUCACACUUUUCGAUCAUAGACACUUUUAUCUAUCGGAUUCUCUGUCGCAUUUCCACUGGCAUUCUCGUCGUCAAAACAUGUCGACGCUUCCUCGAAAGUCAACUAGCGAGCGUCCUGCGAACCUUACGCUUGGAAAGAAGGACUUGCCUGACCUCACCGAUUUGCGUGGUGGAAACUGGUUUACAGCUCGUGAUGGAUGGGAAAUAUAUUGGAAAGCCUGGAAGCCUGAAACCACUGUCGUCGCCAAUGUCAUCGCCGUCCAUGGCUUCGGUGAACACAUCAAUCGAUACGACCCACUCUUCUCUUUUUUUGCUUCAAAGGGCAUUGCGGUUCGUGGAAUUGACCAAAGAGGACAUGGAAGGACACACUUUAAAAAUUUGGAAAGAGGAUCCCUGCAAGGAUACAUGGGCACGUUUAAAAAUACCUUUGAAGACCUGCUCCAGCUGAACGAAAUGGAUAUUGGUGGACUGCCCAAGAAAGGAGAAGUUCCAACAUUUGUUUUUGGACAUAGCAUGGGUGGCUUGAUUUCUCUCUCUUUGGUCAAUUUACACGCUCAACGCAUUCCAAAUUUUAGAGGGAUUGUUGUCCAAGCCCCUUGCAUUCGAACGGCCAGAUCCUUCCCAUCUCUUGUCUCUAGUACGAUUAGCACUCUGGGUACCUCAUUCUUUCCACGAUAUCAAGCACCUUCUGGCGCGAUGGAAUUGAAUAACAUCUUGGACCCCAGUUUACACGAAGAGUAUUCAAAGGACCCGUAUAACCACAACUUUAUGACCAUACGUCUACUCCGUGACUUUAUUACUUAUGGGAGGAAAGUGGAGGACACGGCAUCCACCUUUAGCCAUCCGCUAUUGCUGUAUCACUCGCGGACUGAUAAGUUGACUAGCUGCGAAGCUAGCGAGCUGUUCAUCAAAAACUCUAUUGCAGACGAUAAAACUGUCAAAUUCUUCGAUAAUGCACGCCAUGAACUUCAUUUUGAAUCGGAGUUGCGUGAUCAGAUCGCGACAGACUAUGCUGAAUGGAUUCUUGCUCGAUCCACAGCUACUCCGCCUCUGCCCGCAAAAACACCCGCAGGAGCUCUCCCUGCCACUGUUGAAGUCGUCACACAGGAAACUGUAGUUACACCUGUGAGUACAGAUGUUGAUACGAAAUCCCCAGACGUCGAUGCGGAUGCUACGAAAAAGCCAGCCGCUGAUGUUGAGGCUACCGCCGACGCUGUUCCCGCCGUCCCAGCAAAAGAAAUAAACGAAUCAAAAGUUGUACCUUCCACUGUGGAAGAACCCGUAGAUAAACUUGAAGCCAAAGACCUUCCCCAAAUUCCAGUCGAGUCCUCGUAAAUCUAAUGUUUUAUGUAUUUUGUAUUUAUGUCAGUACAUGUUUAUCACCCAGGAGCCAUCAUCUCCAGAUCUUUGUUAAAAAUCCUAGUGUUCAAGUCCG